AUGAGAGAAUUCAACCAGACUUGCUUGACGGAGAUCAUCCUUUUAGGCUUCUCAGAUUUCCAGACCUCACAGAAGCUUUUGUUUGGGCUUGUACUAAUUUUCUACCUGGUGGCACUCAUUGGGAACAGUCUGAUUUUGAUCCUCACCAUCACGGAGCCUAUGCUUCACACACCAAUGUACUUCUUCCUCCAGAACCUAUCCUUGCUGGAAAUUGGCUACACUUCAUGCAUCAUCCCUAAGACCCUAACACAUUUGUGGUCAGAGACACGAACCAUCUCCUUUGCAGGUUGUGGAACUCAUAUGUAUUUCUUUGUUCUUUUUGGCAUCACAGAGUGUUGCCUUCCCUGUGUGAUGGCAUACGACCGCUAUGUUGCCAUAUACAAACCUCUGCAAUACCCAUGCAUUAUGACUCCCCGGGAAUGUGCCCAGCUGGCUGCCAUCUCAUGGGUCACUGGUAUUUUGGUAGCUUUCGGACAGUGCUUUUCAAUAUUUAUUCUUCCCUUUUGUGGACCUAAUAGAGUAAGCCAUUUUUUCUGCGACAUUCUGCCUGUCUUGAAACUGGCUACGACGAACACCAUCAAUAAUGAGAUGGUAGUUAUCACUGUGACAGUGUUCUUCAUCCUUGUGCCCUUUCUACUCAUCAUCUUGUCCUACAGCCUCAUCAUCACCACCAUCCUCAUGAUGCCUGUGGCUAAGAACAGACACAAAACCUUCUCUACUUGUGCUUCCCAUCUCAUUGUGGUUUCUCUGUUCUUUGGAACGACCAUCUUCACCUACAUCCGACCCAAAUCAGCCCACUCCUUGGGCAGCAAUAGGGUCCUGUCCCUUCUCUACACGGUAGUGACACCAACAUGCAACCCAAUCAUUUACACAUUGAGAAAUAAAGAGAUAAACGUGGCAUUUAAAAAAUCAGUGUUGCAGAAAACUGUCUUCUGUAGAUAA